AUGACGCUGCUGUGUUUGUGUUCACUCCGCCGUCACCUGCUUGGUAAAUCCGCUACAGGAGUCAUUCGGGGAUCUUCAGCUGUUCGCCUCCGCCCUCCUCCCCGGUCCUCUGAACUGGCUUUUGGUGAGAUCAGGACGUUCUGUUAUGGCUCUCAGCUGGUCGGAGGAGCUCUUACCCGGAAAGCAGCAGCAGCAGAUGUGUCAUCUCAGCGACUCGGGAAAAGUUUGCUUCUGUUUUCUGCUCAGCUCAGCCACUGCAGGACGGUGCUGAGGCUGUUUGAUGAUCUCUCCAUGCUGGCGUACUCCCACAGCUAUGGACUUGGUGCUUCGGAGGAGGAUGCAGGCAUCCGCUGGAUAUCGGUGCUUACGAACUUGGCUGACCAGCUGUACUAUCCGUGUGAACAUAUUGCUUGGGCCGCAGACGCAGAGCUGAUCAAAGUGAGGUCUGAUAAGUGGUGGCUGUUCAGCACAGUGCUGUGGGGAACCUCGUUGUUGCUGGGGAUCCUCAGAUCGUUUCGAGUUCUGCUGUUGCUCAGGAAGAAGCUGAAGAAACACCAGAGAGGCGAAGGAGGCAGCAGACGGUCUGACUUCCACAGGCAGAUACAAGCGGAGAUGCUGUCCAUCCUCAGCAGCAUGGCGGACCUCAGUAAUGCCGUUCACUGGAUGCCGCCAGGCUUCCUGUGGGCAGGACGAUUCCCCAGCUGGCUGGUGGGCUUGCUGGGCACCACCUCCUCUCUUAUUGGUUUGAUUCAGAUCAAUACCAGCAGCAGUGAGCUGUCAGACAGUACAGUGUUGUCUUCACAAUCAGGAGGAGAUGCUAAUUAACUGGAUUAUGAACAGCUUUUUGAUUUGAUCAGAUCAUCUGUUUAGAUUAAUUUCUACUCCUGUCUCCUAUAGCUACAGUCUUACUACUUUUUGUAGGAGAAUACAGAAAGUGUUAGCUACCUGAAAUGUUUUUGAAAUUAUGAGAUUAGUUUACAUUUUAAAUAUAUUUGGAAAUUUUGUUUCUCUUCUGUGCUUUUAUUUAUGUAGAUCAAAGCAUGACUUGUUUCCUUUUGGAGACCGUCAUGUUGUCUGGCUGAUUCUGUUUAUUUGUUGAUUUUAGAUUCUUCGUAGGUUGCUGGUGAAAUUGGAAACCUGUGUUUCCCAAUAAUUUGAUUAAUGACAACUUAUGAUUUAACAAGGAGGUUUUUUUUUUUUGAAAACCACAAUCUGUAUUUGGUCAGUUGUUUCAAAUAUUAAAAUUUAUGAGGAAAAAGAGGAAAACGGAAAAAAAUAUGUAAGGGAGCGAUAUUUCUGACAGCUCUGUUUUAAUAAUGCUUCAGACAUUUACAAACCGCAAACAAUGUGGAGCAGCUGAAUGGUUUUAUUUAGAUGAAUGUAUUAUUGAGCAAAAUGAGCUGAUGUGGACAACAUUUCAGAUCUUUGAGUCGUCUUUAUAAGUUCAGAUAAUUGCAAAAAUAGAUGUUUUGCAUGGAAAAACGAGUAAAAAACAUGACAGGUAAAUAUGCAAUGUUAUUUUGACUUAAUGACAAAAUUUAAUCCAUGUUUAUUAAUAAAUUAUUUUUUUAAAAUUAAA